AUGGCUCAAGAAUCGCAACAAUUGGAUCCGAACAAGAAUGAAGUUAUUCGAUUGGAGCGUGAAUCUGUUAUUCCAGUUCUUAAACCUAGGCUCAUCAUGACAUUGGCAAAUCUUAUUGAACAUAGUUCCGAUCGAGCUGAGUUUUUGAAGCUCUCCAAGAGGGUAGAGUAUACGAUUCGAGCUUGGUACCUUUUACAAUUUGAGGACUUGAUGCAACUCUAUUCCCUCCUUGAUCCUGUGCAUGGGGCACAGAAGUUGGAACAACAGAAGCUAACUUCUGAGGAAAUUGAUGUACUUGAACAGAAUUUCUUGACGUACCUAUUUCAGGUAAUGGAAAAGAGCAACUUUAAGAUAGUGACUGAGGAUGAGAUUGAGGUUGCACAUUCCGGCCAAUAUCUUCUCAAUCUUCCCAUUUCUGUCGAUGAAUCUAAGCUUGACAAGACACUGCUGAAGAAAUAUUUUGAAAAGCAUCAUCAUGAUAACCUUCCAGAUUUCUCUGAUAAGUACGUUAUCUUUCGGCGUGGCAUUGGAAUUGAUCGGACAACUGAUUACUUUGUCAUGGAGAAAGUGGACAUGCUCAUUGGAAGAUUUUGGGCUUAUCUGUUAAGAAUUACUAGGUUGGAAAAGAUUUUUUCAAGAAAGUCAAAGCCUAAUAAGAAGGAUUCAAAAGGCAAUGAAAUGAUCCGUGAAGGAACUGGGGAUGACUUUUAUGUGGAACGGAUACGUCUUGAAAACAUGCAACUAAGCUCCCGUAAUUUACUCGGCAAGACCUUGAUCCAAGAACCGACAUUUGAUAGGAUAAUUGUUGUCUACAGGAGAGCCAGUACCAAAUCUAAAACAGAACGAGGAAUAUUUGUGAAGCAUUUUAAGAACAUUCCAAUGGCUGAUAUGGAAAUAGUUCUUCCAGAAAAGAAAAACCCCGGAUUAACUCCAAUGGAUUGGGUCAAGUUUCUUGUAUCAGCAGUUGUUGGACUGGUUGCUGUAUUUAGUUCACUCGAAAUGCCUUCGGCUGAUUGGUGGGUCAUAUUUGCUGUUCUUUCCACAGUAAUUGGUUAUAUUGUCAAGACAUAUUUUACAUUCCAACAAAACUUGGCUCAAUACCAAAAUUUGAUUACACAGUCCAUGUAUGACAAACAACUAGACAGCGGAAAGGGUACACUUCUUCAUUUGUGUGAUGAUGUCAUUCAACAAGAAGUCAAAGAAGUGAUACUUUCAUUCUUUAUUCUAAUGGAACAGGGUAAAGCUACAAGACAGGAUCUCGAUCAUUGGUGUGAAGAACUAAUCAAAGAAGAGUUUGGGGAGGAAUGUGAUUUUGAUGUGGAUGAUGCAGUUGGUAAAUUAGAGAAAUUGGGUAUCGUCAGUCGGGAUUCUAUUGGUAGAUAUCAAUGUGUUGGACUCAAAAGGGCUAAUGAAAUCAUUGGCACCACCACUGAAGAACUUGUGCUCAAGGCAAGACAGGGAAACCUUACUACUUGA